GGGGGCGGCGCCCGGAGGCCUUGGAAGCCCUGGGGAGCGCGGCCGCCAGACACAAAGAGCGGCCGAGGUACGCGCGCUGCGGUAUCCUACCCGGAUCGCUUUGCACCGGGCUGCCGGAGCCCGCAUCCUGGACUCAGCGUUCGUAGAGCGGAGCCUCCCACUCCCCAGUAUGAGAAAAUAAGAAAGCCUUCUCCAAAAACUGGAACUUCAGAUAAGAUGUAACAACACUGACUUGGCAAAAAAGAACACUCCAUAAGGAAGAAGUUAGGAUUUAACUUUUUAAAAUCUGUAUAAACUCACAGAAAAUGGGCUUUCUCUAAGUCAUUUGAUGUUGCAGUUUGAAGACAUGCUAGGACAUGGAUGUGCUGGGGUCAUUUGCUGACCACUAGGUAUAAAUUUCUUAGAAUUUGCGUCUUUAGGAAUGGCAGCAGAGUUCUCAUGGUAAAGCAUUGGUUUUGGAUGUUAUUUGGUGAGUGGUCCUCUCUAAAUUUUCAAGAUAAUCUAUGUGACAUCUGUGCCUCCUUCCUAGAAUGAAUACCUGCCUUUGAGCAAUACCACGGCUAGGUAACUGUUGGGUACCUCUCCUUUGCCUGGCUAAAUAAAGAUCUGGGAACAGGAUAUAAAAUCUGGGGCAGUGUCCUGGCCUCACACCUGUGGAAGAUUCCUGGCCUGGAAGAGUUUCCUUCUGUAUGCUCUGCUACAUUUCUGCUUAUCAGUAUUUGCGUGUCAGUGACUCUAGGUUUGGGCUUAACUCAGUCCUUGGCUUCAAUAAUGAGUUAGAAAUUCAGGCCUGGUGCCAGAAAUUUUGUUACUCACAGCAGGAGGCCAAAACUCUGGAUCAGAGACUCUCCCUGGAGCUGUUGGAAGGUGACCUCAGUAGCAGGCUUGGUUUCCCCCAACCCCCAUCCUUCUAGGUGACCCUGAGCCUACUAGAUUCUGACAGUUCUGUGUGAACCAAUGGAGGUCUUUAAGGAGCUGAGUAAAUCUCCCAUUCGAGGAAGGUAUAUCUAGCAUGGUACUUCCCCCUUGUCUCUGGUAAGACUUAAGUGAUGGAGAGUAGGUGAAGCUUCUUGUUUCAAAAAGGCUGGAGUAUGUUCUCCCUUGCAUUCAAGUCAUGUUUUGUUUCUGGAAGGAACCAGAACCCUACACAUAAUUUUGAUUGCUCAAGUUUGAAAAUAGUGCUGGCGUGUAUUGCAGAUUGUGCGUGUGUGUGUGUGUGUGUGUGUGUGUGUGUGUGUAUUGUUUUGUAUCUCUUUAGAGAAAAGCAGUGUCUUCUUUUUUGUGUGAUGUGAUAUGGCCACUGAUAUUCCAGUUACCUUAUCUGGGGUUCUGCUUCCUGUGGUAUACAAUGGUUAUGGUAUGUUGGAGUUUCACUGAGGGGCUAACUGUCUAUUAGGGAAAUCAAAAAGCUCUGGGAUUUUAAGUCUCAAGGGGUUUUGCCAUGCAGAUAUAUGUCAAUUAAGAUGUUUUAGCUGCCAGUAAUGGAAAACAGAGUUUCGUACAGUGUAAACACAUGGGGAGGUCACAAGAAGACUUUAAGGCGUCAGCUGUGGCUGAGGUCACCAGUCACUUACUCGCUCCUCUGUGCACAGCAUUAUGUAGGGUAGGCUGUAAAUGUCCAUACUGAGUGUGGGAGUGUGUGCAGAAAUGCCCUCUGUAGCUUCCUCGCCUCGCCCUAUGUUUACAUCUAAGGCUGCUCCUCCUACCAAGAUUAAGUUUGUCUCCUUGAUCCAGCCGUAUGACCUAAACUCUGUUUCCUUCUUUACCAUUUUGUAUAACCCCACCUCCUUGUGCACCUGCAUGCUAUGGUCCCACCUCUCUAUUCAACUCCAUGUAGUAAACACACCAAACUUCUGGGCUGAUGAUAGUUCUUUAACAGAGAGCCCAGCUCCCCCCUCCUCCCAGCUUUUCUGUCUGUGUCUGUUUGUUUUUAAUCCCGUUCCCUUGCUGCCUCAGUCAAGUCCCUGGAGCUGCGCAUGAAUCUGGCAGUAAUUGGACUGAGUAGGUUAACAAACAAAAAGACAUUAAGUAGGAAGCAGCCAAGGUGGGGAAGAUUUGGAAGAAAUUGGAAGGGAGAAGGGGAAGGUGGGUCUGAUCAGUUUCAUUCUAUACAUGUACAAAUCCUCAAAUAUUAAGGAAAAAUUAUUAAAUUUUGAAAGCAUCUGCCUUCUAUUUACAGUGAUUUGGAGUCUAUGGCUCAGGAAAGCCUAUUGUAUUCUUCCUUAUUCAAAGAUAUGUCUUCCUCAUGAUAGCAUUUCUGAAUUUGGGUUGCACCUUAAAAGUGAUGUUUGCAUCCACCAAAUUUUUCCCCCACCCCACAUCCAUCAGAUUUUGACCGUUUUUCUUUGUCAUUUGGCUUAGAAUCAGUGGCCUCUUAGGUUUUGUGGAAAAGGUUAGUGUCUUUUUCUGGUUCCAGUGUCUGAAGAGGAGGGGAAGGUGACAGUCCCCUGAGUAGCUUCAGGUACAAACAUGUGCUGUCUCUCAUACCAACAUCCACCUGCCAGACUGCUGUCCUGGUUCUGGCUGUGUCCAUCCUUCACUUUGUACACAGAUACCCUAGACCAGAUUCCUGCCUUUGCCUCCAACUUGAGUCUGGUCUUCCUUUGUUGGCUGCCUCAGGUAGCAGAGAUCUGGUUUUUAGUCAAAGCUGGUGCAGAAGGUUCAAGGGCAGAAGCUGAAACUCUAGUCCCCAGUGGAGAUAGGAGACUGACCUUACAGUGGCUAUGGGAGAGGUGGGGAAUACGAGGCAUUCGACCAGUCAUACCCCUGUAUAGGUUUGCUAAAGGGCGGGGUCAUGUUCUAAGAAACGCUUUGGUAGGCAACAUCAUAACUGUACAACCAUCACAAAUGAAACCAGCUGUGGUGCCCCUGGGAUCCAUGUGGAAGGUGCAGUUUUUCUUAGCUCGAUCCUCCAGCCUCGACCUCCUGUGCUAAGGCGAGGACCAUCAGGUCCAGCUUCCUCAACAUCUUCAUGGAGUAAUGGUGCUGCUAGUUUGGUUCCGCUCAUUUCUUGAAAUAAGUGGAAUCCACCAGCCCAUGCCUCACUUGCCUCAUUUCUCAAGGGGAAUGUUCCCAAGAUAAUGGAUGAGGCAGCCUAGAAGUUGUAAAGUUCCUAACUUCUGUAACUUACGGUAGGAGUGUUUUUAAACAUAUUCUUCAGUUAGAGCUGGAGAAUGUCGGUACAUGUUAGGCCAACAGCUAUGUGUGCGUCCCUCUGGAUGGGCAUGGGCCUGAGCUGUUCUGCUUCCUGGCUGUGAGCUCUUCCAUCAAGUUCCUUUUCUGUACUGGUUACCAGUUCCUGGUGACUCUUUUCCUCUGAAUGAAUUUGUUUCCACUGGGUCAUUUAUUCCUGGCCCCAAGGAACAGGCACCGUGUGCAGUAUUUACAGUGUCCCUAAGGUGCUCCACUGUCUCCUGCUGGGCCUCCUGUCGUGGUAGCACUAGAAACUUCUGGAGUCUCUCUAGAUGUUGAGGCCCUCUGUGACUCACUUAGAAAUGUUUCCAGCCCAAGUCUAAUUUUCACUGGUUCUGGAUUCCUGCUUGACUAAGAGGAAACUCCACAUCAGCCCAAGAUUAUAACUUGUUAGGUUAUUUUGUUUGGCAUGUCUCUUAAGUAGAGGAAUCCAGUGGUCUCCUCUUCGCCUGGUGUCUUGUCUUGCUGUGUUUAUCUGCAUUUAGGAUGACUAAUUGGGGGGGAAUUCUGAAUCCCUUUGGAACCGUGCAGUUGUUAGUGUUGACCCUCACAGCAGGCCAAUCCUUAGAAGUAGAAAUUCAAAAUAUUAAUUCUCCUCACAUUCUUCGGACUGUUUGUGUGUAGAGAUUAAACAAAACAAAGCAAAAUGAUCAACAGUGAGUGUUGUGCCUCAGGCUCCCAGUUGCACGGCUGGAAUUUCAGAUAGGAAAGUUAGAAUAAUUUCUUGAAGACGGUCUAUAUGUGAGUAUUCCUGGGCGUUUUCUGAUUAGAUUUUAUAGGUUAUUUUCUUCUCUUAUUUCCUUCAUAGCUGAUGUGAAACAAACUUACACCCAAGUUCUGGUGAAGAGAAAGGGUCUUAGCGCUUUCUUUCUUUUUUAAUAAGUGGAUUGGGGUGUGAAGUGCUUGACUGAAGCUUUUCCUCUUAAUUUGGAGGACUGUUGACAUUAAUAUUCUUUCCCUAGAGUUAGGGUACUAAUACAGAGUCUCCCAUGAUAUUAAGACUUCCCAUGUGGUAGGGAAAUAAAAGAGAUAAUGUUCCAAUGUAUUUUGGAUAUGAAGUCCCUGUACUUCCUAGAAACUUUAUGUGUUUGUUGGUUUGUUUCCAGACAGGGUUUCUUUGUUUACCCCUAGCUGUCCUGAAAUUAGCUCUGUAGACCAGACUGGCCUUGGACUCAGGGAUCUGCCUGCCUGGAACUCGAGUUACAGGUGGUCAUGAGCUACCACGUGGAUGUUGGGAAUAGAAUCUUGGUCCUCUGGAAGAGCAUCCAGUGCUCUUCAGUGCUGAGCUGUUUCUCCAGCUCUGAAACAUUUCUCUAGGUACUGAACAUUCCUAAUGUGUGUGUGUACUGUGGGUAGGAAUGAGGAAAUUUUUUUUAAUGUUUGUUUUAUAACUGGAGUUAGGACUCAUUUAAUCAGCUUUAUAUAUCCUUAUUUCUUGCCACUGGAAAAAGCCAACCACUGGAGGGACCAGUUAUUUGGGCAAAGAAAAAGGUUUAUUUGGAAAGCUAGUGGGCUCUUUAGUUUUAUGUCUCCUUGGUAUAAACUAGAGUUAUCUGAAAAGAGGGAACCUUAAUUGAGAAAAUGUCUCCAUAAGAUCCAGCUGUAAGGCAUUUUCUUAAUUUGUGAUUGGUUGGGGAGGGCCCAGUCCAUUAUGGGUGGAGCCAUCCCUGAGCUAGUGGUCUCAGGUUCUAUAAGAAAGCAGUGAGCCAGUACGUAGAACCCCUCUGUAGCCCGUGCAUCAGCUUCUGGCUCCAGGGUCCUGCCCUAUUUGAGUUUCUGUCCUGACUUCCUUCAGUUUGGAAGUGUAAUCCUAAUAAACCUUUUUUCCCCCUAACUUGCUCUUGGUCUUGAUUUUAUCACAGCAAUAGAAACCCUAACUAGGACAGCCAGUGUGGAGCCUGAGGCCAACAGAGAUCACCUUGCUGGGGUGUUAUGGACGGAUACAAGGCCUGCAAAGGGGGUCCGGACGGAGAAGAUGAACUGAAGAUAAGCUCUCUGGAGAACAGGGGAGGUGGAGACUAACAACUUCCUGUGGAGGACAGGAGAGGUCUGUGGACGGCAACUCCUUUAACAAGAUGCCUGCUAUGGGAUGGACAACGAAGAAGAGAACCACUAUGUGUCACGGCUCAGGGAUGUCUACAGCAGCUGUGACACCACAGGGACCGGGUUUCUGGAUCAGGAAGAGCUGACCCAGCUAUGUACUAAGCUUGGCCUGGAAGAGCAGCUGCCGGCACUCCUUCACAUUCUUCUUGGAGAUGGCCGCUUGGCCAGGGUUAACUUUGAGGAAUUCAAGGAAGGCUUUGUGGCUGUGCUGUCAUCUGCUACUGGCGUAGAACCCUCUGAUGAGGAAGGUAGUUCUUCAGAGUCAGCUACUUCCUGUGCUGUCCCUCCAAAGUACAUGAGUGGCUCUAAGUGGUAUGGCCGUCGGAGCCUCCCUGAGCUCGGUGAUUCUGCCACCACAACCAAAUGUGGAUCAGAACAGCAGGCCAAGGGCAGUGUGAAGCCUCCGUUGAGACGUUCUGCAUCUCUGGAAAGUGUGGAGAGCCUCAAGUCAGAUGAAGAUGCCGAGAGCCCUAAAGAACCUCAGAAUGAAUUAUUUGAAGCACAAGGCCAGCUGCGAUCCUGGGGUUGUGAGGUCUUCGGGACACCCCGAAAAUCCUGUAGCCCCUCCUUCAACACUCCUGAGAACCAGGUCCAGGGCAUCUGGCAUGAGCUGGGGGUUGGAAGCAGUGGUCACCUGAAUGAGCAGGAGCUGGCUGUGGUCUGCCGAAGCAUCGGGCUCCACGGUCUUGAGAAACAGGAACUUGAAGAACUGUUCAGCAAACUGGACCGGGAUGGAGAUGGCAGAGUGAGUCUUGCAGAGUUUCAGCUUGGCCUGUUUGGUCAUGAGCCUCCUUCGCUUCCAGCGUCUUCCAGUCUGAUCAAGCCAAAUGGGCCUUGGUCUCACUAUCAGGAGGAGAGCGGCUGCCACACCACCACGACCUCGUCCCUCGUGUCUGUGUGCUCAGGCCUGCGCCUCUUCUCCAGCGUUGACGAUGGCAGUGGCUUUGCCUUUCCUGAGCAGGUCAUCUCCGCAUGGGCCCAGGAGGGCAUUCAGAACGGCAGGGAAAUCUUGCAGAGCCUGGACUUCAAUGUGGAUGAGAAGGUGAACCUCUUGGAGCUGACCUGGGCCCUUGACAAUGAACUCCUAACAGUUGACGGUGUCAUCCAGCAGGCAGCCCUAGCCUGCUACCGCCAGGAACUGAACUUCCACCAAGGGCAAGUGGAGCAGCUGGUGCAGGAGCGGGACAAGGCGAGGCAGGACCUGGAGAAAGCUGAGAAGAGGAACCUGGACUUUGUGAGAGAAAUGGAUGACUGCCACUCAGCCCUGGAACAACUCACGGAAAAGAAAAUCAAGCACCUAGAGCAGGAGUACAGGGGAAGGCUGAGCCUCCUGCGGUCCGAGGUGGAGAUGGAGCGGGAGCUGUUCUGGGAGCAAGCCCGCAGGCAGAGAGCCGUGCUGGAGCAGGAUGUGGGCCGCCUCCAGGCUGAGGAGACCAGUCUGCGUGAGAAACUGACACUGGCUCUCAAGGAAAACAGUCGAUUGCAGAAGGAGAUCAUAGAAGUGGUGGAAAAGCUUUCGGAUUCCGAGAAGCUGGUUCUCCGCCUGCAGAGUGACCUCCAGUUUGUGCUGAAGGACAAGCUGGAGCCUCAGAGCAUGGAACUCCUGGCCCAGGAAGAGCAGUUCACAGCCAUCUUGAAUGAUUAUGAGCUUAAGUGCAGGGACCUACAGGACCGCAAUGAUGAGUUGCAAGCAGAGCUAGAGGGCCUGCGGGUGCGGCUGCCCAGGAGUCGACAGAGCCCCUCAGGGACCCCAGGCACCCAUAGAAGGUGGACCCCUGGACGUGGCCCAGCAGACAAUCUGUUUGUGGGUGAGUCUAUCCCAGUGAGUUUGGAGACAGAAAUAAAGAUGCAGCAGAUGAAAGAAAAUUACCAAGAGCUCAGGAUGCAGCUGGAGACCAAGGUAAAUUACUAUGAGAAGGAAAUUGAGGUCAUGAAGAGAAACUUUGAGAAGGAUAAGAAGGAGAUGGAGCAGGCAUUUCAGCUUGAGGUCAGCGUGCUGGAGGGCCAGAAGGCAGAUUUGGAGACCCUGUAUGCCAAGUCACAGGAGGUCAUCCUGGGCCUGAAGGAGCAGCUGCAGGAUGCAGCCCGAAGCCCUGAGCCUGCACCGGCUGGGCUGGCCCCCUGCUGUGCACAGGCGCUGUGCACUCUGGCCCAGCGGCUAGGGGUGGAGAUGCACCUGCGGCACCAGGACCAGCUCCUGCAGAUAAGGCUGUCAGACACGGUGACUGAUUCCGUGCUGCCUCGUGUGUGCAGUCCUAAGGGCUCCAGGAAAAGAACAGGCCAUCCUAACACAAAACAGACGACAGAGAGAAGAGUCUCUGGGAGAGAGGCUGAAGAGGAGCUGAACCAGAAGCUGUCGUGGCUAGAAGCUCAGCAUGCUGCUUGCUGUGAGAGUCUGUCUCUGCAGCAUCAGUGUGAGAAGGACCAGCUGCUGCAGACACAUCUGCAGCGAGUAAAGGACCUGGCUGCUCAGCUUGACCUGGAGAAGGGGUGGCGGGAGGAGAGGGAGCAGGAGGUCCUGGCACACUGUCGGAGGCAGCAGCUGAAGCUGCAGGCUGUGAUGAGUGAAGAGCAGGCGCGGAUCUGCAGGUCGUUCACCCUGGAGAAGGAGAAGCUAGAACAGACCUACAGGGAGCAAGUGGAGGGACUUGUCCAGGAGGCAGAUGUGCUGCGUGCUCUCCUGAAGAAUGGAACCACUGUGGUGAGUGACCAGCAGGAAAGGAUACCCGGCUCCAUGUACCCGGGUCCAGACAGCAGGCAGCAGCCACCAACCUGGCAAACUGUCAGCCCCGAUGGGAGGACAGGAGCACCAGCAGAAUGGCCUGGCCCAGGGAGAGCUGAUGGCAGAGAUCUUCCUGGCCAGCUCUGUAGUUUAGAUGCCGUACCAAGCCCAACCCCUACCCUCCUGUCCAGAAGGUCCUCAGAGAGCCUGGAUGUCAGAGACAACCAUCAAGGUCCACUCAGUGCUGAGGAGGGAGCUGUCCCAAAGGAGCCAGAACCUUCUGCCAGGACCCUAACAGGCCAGGACCAGAAGCUGCCCUUGCCUAUUCAGCCACAGAUGUUGGAGCCAUGGUUGGGUCCAGCUGCUGUGGACAGGAAGCCAGACUCUGUUAGGGUUCAGGGACAGGCUUCAGAAGGGCCUACUGGGGAUGAUAAAGGUGUCCAAGAGACUCCACUCCAGCUGAGGGGAGAAACUGCAAGGAUGAGACCCUCAUUGCCCUACUCUGAGCUCCCAAACCCACAAGAGGCCAAAGUGAUGUCAGUGAUGUCAGAGAGUGAGAUGAAUGAUGUGAAGACCAAACUUCUGCAGCUGGAAGACGUUGUCCGGGCUCUUGAAAAAGCAGAUUCCAGAGAGAGUUACAGGGCUGAGUUACAGAGGCUUUCUGAAGAAAACUCAGUGUUGAAAAGUGACCUGGGGAAGAUUCAACUGGAACUGGGAACUUCAGAGAGCAGAAAUGAAGUGCAGAGGCAGGAAAUUGAGGUCUUAAAGAGAGACAAGGAGCAAGCCUGCUUUGACCUGGAAGAGCUCAGCACACAGACUCAGAAAUACAAGGAUGAAAUGUCACAGCUCAACUGCAGGAUCCUUCAGCUGGAGGGAGAUUCUUCUGGUCUCCAUACCCAGAAGGAAGAAAAUCACGCUGCUAUCCAGGUGUUAAUGAAGAAGCUGGAGGAGGCAGAAUGCCGGGAGAAGCAGCAGGGUGAUCAAAUCAAACACCUGAAAAUUGAACUUGAACGUGUGAAUGAGGAAUGCCAACGCUUAAGACUGUCACAGGCAGAGCUGACAGGAAGCCUCGAAGAAAGUCAAGGCCAGCUGCACAGUGUCCAGCUGCGGCUGGAGGCAGCACAAUCCCAGCAUGACCGGAUUGUCCAGGGCCUGCAGGAACAGAUGAGUCAGUUGGUUCCUGGAGCUCGUGUAGCUGAGCUGCAGCACCUGCUCAGCCUCAGGGAAGAGGAGGCUGAGCGACUAAAUGCACAGCAGGAAGAAUACAAGCAGCAGCUGAAGGCCAGGGAGGACCAGGUGGAGGAGGCCGAGGCUCGGUUACACAAUGUGGAGUGGCUGCUACAGGAGAAGGUGGAGGAGCUUCGAAAACAGUUUGAGAAGAAUACCAGAUCUGAUCUGCUGCUCAAAGAACUCUAUGUGGAAAAUGCCCACCUCAUGAAAGCUGUUCAGCUCACAGAAGAGAAGCAGCGAGGAGCCGAGAAGAAAAACUGCGUCUUAGAAGAAAAAGUUCGAGCUCUCAACAAACUGAUCAGUAAGAUGGCACCAGCAUCACUUUCUGUGUAGGGACUGCUGUUCUUGGAGUUCAUGUGAAGGAAUGUCUUUUUAAAUAAUGCUACUCUGAUGCCAUAAUUUUCUAUGGCUCACUAGCUACACUCCCUAGGCAUGAGGACUGAUUCCUGUUCAUCUGACAAACAUUCAAUGAAUGUCUACUAGGUGCCAGGUUCUGGGGAACAGGCAGGGUACAGUCACUGGUGGCCAAGAGUCUUGGGUAACAUCCUGGGUUGCAAUCUCCAAGUUGAUCUUACUGGAAAAGACUCAGAGCCUCAGCAAGAACAAUGGAGAGAGAGUGGCUCAGUACUUGAAUGUGGGGCUUUGGGCCAGAAACGCAGGGUCGGGAUUUAGGUGUCUUACCACUUCACUGCCCUGUGUGGGCUGUCAUCAGAGCUCUCCGUGUGGGUCAGUACACCCCCACCCCACCCCCAGAAAGAGGGCCUUCCCCUGCAGUCCUCUGCUGCUCCUGAGGGUGGGAGCAAGAUGGCAUCCGAGGUGGUGGGCUCAGGGAUAGCAGUGUUCGUUGCGAGUGCAAUCUCACUACAAAAUAUGUUGUCACACUGGAAAUUGUACAUUUUUUUUUAAAAGAAAAGGUAUAGUUUUAUAACUGAGAUGUACCUAAAUUAUGACCAUUUGGUUUACGAGUAUUCUACUGUGAUAUGAAAAGUUCCUGUAUUUUCAAUAACUUUUCUAUUAAAAUUGUUUUAACUCUU